UUAACUCAAUGAGAGACACACAAAGGCAUAAGACACCUAAGAGAAACCCUGACAUAUAACCAUGAAGCUGUUUAUAGUUUUUGCUUUUGUAAUAAUUGGCAGUCAAGCCAAUGUCAUCUGGCAGGACCAGGCCAAAUUGGGUAUGGAAAUGGUGAAAGAUGCAUUCUGGGACUAUGUAGCCAAGGCGACUGAAACAACUGAAGACAUUCUGCAGAAAAUCAAGGAGUCUGAAAUGGGACAAGAACUCAAUGUUAAAAUCUCUGAGAGUGCAGAUGUUGUCAACAAGUAUGCAAGAGCCAUUCCAUACCAGGUCACUCCAAUGACCCAGGAGCUGCUGUCUAAGGUGUCCCAGGAGGCCGAGCAGCUGAAGGCACGUCUGCAGCAGGACAUUAGCUCAGUGAAGAGCCAACUGGAGCCGUAUAUCGAGGAGGUGACUUCAAAUAUCCAACAACAGGUAGAACAGUGGACGAAGGAAGUGACUCCCUAUACAGAUGCUCUGCAUUCUGAGGCUUUGAAAACUGCUCUACUCCAAAAGAAUGAGGAGCUGAGGAUGAGCCUGGAAAAGAGCAUAAGUGAGCUUCAGGCCAAGAUGGAACCCCAGGCAGAGGAGCUUAAGCAGAAAAUGGAGCAGCACCUGCAGGAUUUUCAGAAGAACAUGACCCCAUUUUUCCAAAGAGUCCAAGGCCAGAUUGUCCAGAGCAGUCAGGAAGUGCAGCAGAAGUUGGACCCGUAUGCUCAAGACCUGAAGGCCCAACUCACUGCUCUCUGGGAGUCUUUUGAAAAGAUGAGGCAAUAAAUCAGACACGUAUUGAUCUAGUGACUCUCACUUUUGCAUCAAAAGUAUUUACAGAGUAUUAAAGUAGAGUAUUUGUCAUUUACAUUUACUUUUAUUAGUUUGUCAGAUGUUUUUUAUCUAAAGUGACUUCCAAGUAACUUCCAAAAACACAGUCGUAGGAUACAUAUGUCACGCAAAAUAAGGACACCAAUUAUUGUUCUGUUUUGUAAGGAAAGGUAACAAAUAAAUACCAAACUGAGAACA